AUGGCGACAGAUCUUGAGAAUGAUACUGAAUCUGCAGUUUCACGACUUCACAAUCGAUCGGUUCGACAAAUUCCAAUGUCCCCAAUGCCCGGACCCAUGCCUAUACCAGGAUCGAUGCCGAUUCCAGGUCCUGUUCCGUAUUAUACACCCUAUAUGGGACAACAGUACAUGGGACAACAGAUGGCAAGACCCAUUCAACGUCCCAUGCCCAUGAUGCCAAUGAUGCCCCAGGCUGGUCCGGGUUUUCCGAUGGGAGGUGGUGGAUUGAGUGGGACUAGCAUUAUUGUGGAACCCUUAGUAAUCCUACCCAUGGGCAUUGGGGCAGCAACUGGGGUGGGAGGUAAUCCCAAUCAAUUUUAUGGGGCAAAUGGUUCUUAUCCCACUUAUAACAACAAUAAUCCCUACAAUACGUACACUACUGCACGACCCAAUUAUGACUAUAACAAUUAUAACAACAAUAAUUACAAUAAUAAUACUGGAUAUAAUAACAGCAACAACGAUUACAACUCUUAUGGUUAG